AUGAGUGCUGUCGAAAAACUGCAGAGCACGACGUUCGACAGUCGGUCGGUCAAGAAUAACCGGUCAGCCUGUCGACUCCAUUCCGAUGACGAUGCCGCAGUCCGUUCUCCCUCUGCGAAGCGGCAAAAGACAUUGUACGAGCAACACGACGGGACAAGUGCGCUGGAUCAUGAGCACUACACCAUCGCCUGGAUAUGUGCACUGCACAUCGAGAUGGCUGCGGCCAUCGCAGUGCUGGACAAAAACCACCGGGAGCUACUCAAGCCUGCGAAUGAUAAAAACUCCUACGUUCUGGGCAGCAUUCAGGACCACAACAUUGUGAUUGCGGGUUUGCCCUCCAAUGAAUAUGGUCUAGUCAACGCUGCCCACGUCCUGGCUGACCUGGUCCGGACCUUUCCCUCUAUCCGGCAAGGUCUCAUGGUCGGCGUUGGCGGUGGCGUCCCCAGCAAAGAGGAUGUCCGCCUGGGCGAUGUUGUAGUAGGGACUAGGGUCAUGAACAUUGACUUGGGGAAGGCCCGAACCGGAGGCAAAAUACAAAGAACGGCUGUCCCCAAGAUGCCCGACUCAUCUCUGUGCAAGGCCAUUACGAAACUUCGAGCCUCGCAUGAAUCAGAACCCAUCAACGUUGCUGCCGUCGCCCUAGAAAGGAUGAAGAAUCUCCCUGACUACCAACACCCUGGCACCCCUGAUCAACUUUUCCCAUCAGAUUAUGUUCACGUGUCUCCGGGACCCGAGUGCGACGAAUGUGACCAGUCCAUGCUCAAGGUGAGAGACACCCGAUCCUCCCAGGCACCCAGGAUUCAUUACGGCGGCAUUGCGUCAAGCAACCAGCUCACGACAGAUGCGAAACUUCGUGACGAACUCGCGGAGGAGUUUGACAUUCUCUGCUUCGAGAUGGAAGCAGCAGGCUUGAUGGAUGUCCUCGCUUGUCUUCCUAUCCGAGGCAUCUGCGACUACUCUGACUCUCACAAGUCCAAAGAGUGGCAGAGGUACGCGGCUGCAAAUGCGGCAGCCUACGCAAGGUACCUCUUGGAGAAUUUAACAGCAAUUGAGGUGAAGCCGGGGGCGCCUAACUCGGCUCAUCGUCCUGUCACGGAUGAGCACACGGACCACCGGCGCCAAUUACUGAAAUCCCUGAGGUUCCAGCAGAUGAAUUCACGCAAGUUCGACAUUCGCGAGAACGAGGAACAGACCUGCCACUGGCUCCUGGAUUCCUCCGUGUACCAGGACUGGCUUGACCAUGGCAAACGGGCGAGCCAUCAUGGACUCUUGUGGAUCCGAGGCAAGCCAGGCGCCGGGAAGUCUACUCUCAUGAAGUUUCUCUACUCGACGUCAAGAAAGCGUGACCAUUCUGGCGAAAGCCUGACUAUUUCCUUCUUCUUCCACGCCCGGGGCGACACGCUGGAAAAAACGGUCUCCGGCAUGUACCGCUCUCUGCUUCUGCAGAUCCUCCAGGGCUUUCCCCAUCUUCAGCACAUCCUGGACAAUACAGAACUAGUCCCUCGAGGCGAAGAAUCUUGUCCGCCAGUGAAGGCUCUCAAAGAGCUCAUCCGAGACGCUGUGGUCUCGCUCAGGGAGGAAACCCUGACUUGCUUCGUCGAUGCUCUCGACGAGUGUGAUGAGCAGCAGAUGACGGACAUGCUGGAAUUUCUCGAAGAUCUCACCCAAAGCUGUGUUACACGCAAGAUACUCCUCUUAGUAUGCUUCUCUAGCCGUCUCUACCCGUAUAUCGAUAUUCGCAAUGGAAUUCCGGUGAGAUUAGAGAAGCAACCGGGUCACACCGCCGACUUGAACAAGUACAUUGAUAACCGCCUUCGGAUUCAGGAUCCCGCACUCAAGAACGAGUUGAAGUUGAUUAGAAGUUGA